AUUGUUUGUUUCUCCUUUUAGGUGGUGUUACCGAACCUCCUGUGGGGAAUUGCAAAACUCCGUGGUUUGACCGUGAUAACCCAUCAGGAAUUGGAGAUUAUGAAAUAUUCCCCCAUCUGCGAAAUGAAAAUCCCGGUCAGAUCUGCACGGAUCCAAUCGCCUGUGAGGUGGAGACAACAUCAGGGAUUCCGGCCUCACAGUCUGGAGAGAACAUUGCCAGUUGCAACGUUUCUACUGGAUUCUUUUGUAUGAACAGCAACCAACGUGAUGGCUCAUGUCAAGAUUACAGAAUACGAUUCACCUGCCCCGAUUCCUUUUGUGGUGUUACCGAACCUCCUGUGGGGAAUUGCAAAACUCCGUGGUUUGACCGUGACAACCCAUCAGGAAUUGGAGAUUAUGAAAUAUUCCCCCAUCUGCGAAAUGAAAAUCCCGGUCAGAUCUGCACGGAUCCAAUCGCCUGUGAGGUGGAGACAACAUCAGGGAUUCCGGCCUCACAGUCUGGAGAGAACAUUGCCAGUUGCAACGUUUCUACUGGAUUCUUUUGUAUGAACAGCAACCAACGUGAUGGCUCAUGUCAAGAUUACAGAAUACGAUUCACCUGCCCUGAUUCCUUUUGUGGUGUAACCGAACCACCUGGUGGUGUUACCGAACCUCCUGUGGGGAAUUGCAAAACUGCGUGGUUUGACCGUGAUAACCCAUCAGGAAUUGGAGAUUAUGAAAUCUUCCCCAAUCUGCGAACUGAAAAUCCCGGUCAGAUCUGCACGGAUCCAAUCGCCUGUGAGGUGGAGACAACGUCAGGGAUUCCGGCCUCACAGUCUGGAGAGAACAUUGCCAGUUGCAACGUUUCUACUGGAUUCUUUUGUAUGAACAGCAACCAACGUGAUGGCUCAUGUCAAGAUUACAGAAUACGAUUCACCUGCCCCGAUUCCUUUUGUGGUGUUACCGAACCUCCUGUGGGGAAUUGCAAAACUGUGUGGUUUGACCGUGAUAACCCAUCAGGAAUUGGAGAUUAUGAAAUCUUCCCCAAUCUGCGAACUGAGAAUCCCGGUCAGAUCUGCAUGGAUCCAAUUGCCUGUGAGGUGGAGACAACGUCAGGGAUUCCGGCCUCACAGUCUGGAGAGAACAUUGCCAGUUGCAACGUUUCUACUGGAUUCUUUUGUAUGAACAGCAACCAACGUGAUGGCUCAUGUCAAGAUUACAGAAUACGAUUCACCUGCCCCGAUUCCUUUUGUGGUGGAACCGAACCACCUGUGGGGAAUUGCAAAACUCCGUGGUUUGACCGUGAUAACCCAUCAGGAAUUGGAGAUUAUGAAAUAUUCCCCCAUCUGCGAAAUGAAAAUCCCGGUCAGAUCUGCACGGAUCCAAUCGCCUGUGAGGUGGAGACAACAUCAGGGAUUCCGGCCUCACAGUCUGGAGAGAACAUUGCCAGUUGCAACGUUUCUACUGGAUUCUUUUGUAUGAACAGCAACCAACGUGAUGGCUCAUGUCAAGAUUACAGAAUACGAUUCACCUGCCCCGAUUCCUUUUGUGGUGUUACCGAACCUCCUGUGGGGAAUUGCAAAACUCCGUGGUUUGACCGUGAUAACCCAUCAGGAGUUGGAGAUUAUGAAAUAUUCCCCCAUCUGCGAAAUGAAAAUCCCGGUCAGAUCUGCACGGAUCCAAUCGCCUGUGAGGUGGAGACAACAUCAGGUAUUCCGGCCUCACAGUCUGGAGAGAACAUUGCCAGUUGCAACGUUUCUACUGGAUUCUUUUGUAUGAACAGCAACCAACGUGAUGGCUCAUGUCAAGAUUACAGAAUACGAUUCACCUGCCCUGAUUCCUUUUGUGGUGUUACCGAACCUCCUGGUGGUGUUACCGAACCUCCUGUGGGGAAUUGCAAAACUGCGUGGUUUGACCGUGAUAACCCAUCAGGAAAUGGAGAUUAUGAAAUCUUCCCCAAUCUGCGAACUGAGAAUCCCGGUCAGAUCUGCACGGAUCCAAUCGCCUGUGAGGUGGAGACAACAUCAGGGAUUCCGGCCUCACAGUCUGGAGAGAACAUUGCCAGUUGCAACGUUUCUACUGGAUUCUUUUGUGUGAACAGCAACCAACCUGAUCGCGCAUGCCAAGAUUACAGAAUACGAUUCAUCUGCCCUGAUUCCUUUUGUGGUGUUACCGAACCUCCUGUGGGGAAUUGCAAAACUCCGUGGUUUGACCGUGAUAACCCAUCAGGAAUUGGAGAUUAUGAAAUAUUCCCCCAUCUGCGAAAUGAAAAUCCCGGUCAGAUCUGCACGGAUCCAAUCGCCUGUGAGGUGGAGACAACAUCAGGGAUUCCAGCCUCACAGUCUGGAGAGAACAUUGCCAGUUGCAACGUUUCUACUGGAUUCUUUUGUAUGAACAGCAACCAACGUGAUGGCUCAUGUCAAGAUUACAGAAUACGAUUCACCUGCCCCGAUUCCUUUUGUGGUGUUACCGAACCUCCUGGUGGUGUUACCGAACCUCCUGUGGGGAAUUGCAAAACUGCGUGGUUUGACCGUGAUAACCCAUCAGGAAUUGGAGAUUAUGAAAUAUUCCCCAAUCUGCGAACUGAGAAUCCCGGUCAGAUCUGCACGGAUCCAAUCGCCUGUGAGGUGGAGACAACAUCAGGGAUUCCGGCCUCACAGUCUGGAGAGAACAUUGCCAGUUGCAACGUUUCUACUGGAUUCUUUUGUAUGAACAGCAACCAACGUGAUGGCUCAUGUCAAGAUUACAGAAUACGAUUCACCUGCCCCGAUUCCUUUUGUGGUGUUACCGAACCUCCUGUGGGGAAUUGCAAAACUCCGUGGUUUGACCGUGAUAACCCAUCAGGAAUUGGAGAUUAUGAAAUAUUCCCCCAUCUGCGAAAUGAAAAUCCCGGUCAGAUCUGCACGGAUCCAAUCGCCUGUGAGGUGGAGACAACAUCAGGGAUUCCGGCCUCACAGUCUGGAGAGAACAUUGCCAGUUGCAACGUUUCUACUGGAUUCUUUUGUGUGAACAGCAACCAACGUGAUGGCUCAUGUCAAGAUUACAGAAUACGAUUCAUCUGCCCCGAUUCCUUUUGUGGUGUUACCGAACCUCCUGUGGGGAAUUGCAAAACUGCGUGGUUUGACCGUGAUAACCCAUCAGGAAAUGGAGAUUAUGAAAUCUUCCCCAAUCUGCGAACUGAGAAUCCCGGUCAGAUCUGCACGGAUCCAAUCGCCUGUGAGGUGGAGACAACGUCAGGGAUUCCGGCCUCACAGUCUGGAGAGAACAUUGCCAGUUGCAACGUUUCUACUGGAUUCUUUUGUGUGAACAGCAACCAACGUGAUCGCGCAUGUCAAGAUUACAGAAUACGAUUCACCUGCCCUGAUUCCUUUUGUGGUGUUACCGAACCUCCUGUGGGGAAUUGCAAAACUCCGUGGUUUGACCGUGAUAACCCAUCAGGAUUUGGAGAUUAUGAAACGUUCCCCCAUCUGCGAAAUGAGAAUCCCGGUCAGAUCUGCACGGAUCCAAUUGCCUGUGAGGUGGAGACAAUGUCAGGGAUACCGGCCUCACAGACUGGAGAGAACAUUGCCAGUUGCAACGUUUCUACUGGAUUCUUUUGUGUGAACAGCAACCAACGUGAUCGCGCAUGUCAAGAUUACAGAAUACGAUUCACCUGCCCUGAUUCCUUUUGUGGUGUUACCGAACCUCCUGGUGGUGUUACCGAACCUCCUGUGGGGAAUUGCAAAACUCCGUGGUUUGACCGUGAUAACCCAUCAGGAAAUGGAGAUUAUGAAAUCUUCCCCAAUCUGCGAACAGAGAAUCCCGGUCAGAUCUGCACGGAUCCAAUCGCCUGUGAGGUGGAGACAACGUCAGGGAUUCCGGCCUCACAGUCUGGAGAGAACAUUGCCAGUUGCAACGUUUCUACUGGAUUCUUUUGUGUGAACAGCAACCAACGUGAUCGCGCAUGUCAAGAUUACAGAAUACGAUUCACCUGCCCUGAUUCCUUUUGUGGUGUUACCGAACCUCCUGUGGGGAAUUGCAAAACUGCGUGGUUUGACCGUGAUAACCCAUCAGGAAAUGGAGAUUAUGAAAUCUUCCCCAAUCUGCGAACUGAGAAUCCCGGUCAGAUCUGCACGGAUCCAAUCGCCUGUGAGGUGGAGACAACGUCAGGGAUUCCGGCCUCACAGUCUGGAGAGAACAUUGCCAGUUGCAACGUUUCUACUGGAUUCUUUUGUGUGAACAGCAACCAACGUGAUCGCGCAUGUCAAGAUUACAGAAUACGAUUCACCUGCCCUGAUUCCUUUUGUGGUGUUACCGAACCUCCUGUAGGGAAUUGCAAAACUCCGUGGUUUGACCGUGAUAACCCAUCAGGAUUUGGAGAUUAUGAAACGUUCCCCCAUCUGCGAAAUGAGAAUCCCGGUCAGAUCUGCACAGAUCCAAUUGCCUGUGAGGUGGAGACAAUGUCAGGGAUACCGGCCUCACAGACUGGAGAGAACAUUGCCAGUUGCAACGUUUCUACUGGAUUCUUUUGUGUGAACAGAAACCAACCUGAUCGCGCAUGCCAAGAUUACAGAAUACGCUUCAUCUGCCCUGAUUCCUUUUGUGGUGUUACCGAACCUCCUGUGGGGAAUUGCAAAACUGCGUGGUUUGACCGUGAUAACCCAUCAGGAAAUGGAGAUUAUGAAAUCUUCCCCAAUCUGCGAACUGAGAAUCCCGGUCAGAUCUGCACGGAUCCAAUCGCCUGUGAGGUGGAGACAACGUCAGGGAUUCCGGCCUCACAGUCUGGAGAGAACAUUGCCAGUUGCAACGUUUCUACUGGAUUCUUUUGUGUGAACAACAACCAACGUGAUCGCGCAUGUCAAGAUUACAGAAUACGAUUCACCUGCCCUGAUUCCUUUUGUGGUGUUACCGAACCUCCUGUAGGGAAUUGCAAAACUCCGUGGUUUGACCGUGAUAACCCAUCAGGAUUUGGAGAUUAUGAAACGUUCCCCCAUCUGCGAAAUGAGAAUCCCGGUCAGAUCUGCACGGAUCCAAUUGCCUGUGAGGUGGAGACAAUGUCUGGGAUACCGGCCUCACAGACUGGAGAGAACAUUGCCAGUUGCAACGUUUCUACUGGAUUCUUUUGUGUGAACAGCAACCAACCUGAUCGCGCAUGCCAAGAUUACAGAAUACGCUUCAUCUGCCCUGAUUCCUUUUGUGGUGUUACCGAACCUCCUGUGGGGAAUUGCAAAACUGCGUGGUUUGACCGUGAUAACCCAUCAGGAAAUGGAGAUUAUGAAAUAUUCCCCAAUCUGCGAACUGAAAAUCCCGGUCAGAUCUGCACGGAUCCAAUCGCCUGUGAGGUGGAGACAACGUCAGGGAUUCCGGCCUCACAGACUGGAGAGAACAUUGCCAGUUGCAACGUUUCUACUGGAUUCUUUUGCAUGAACAGCAACCAACGUGAUCGCGCAUGUCAAGAUUACCGAAUACGAUUCACCUGCCCCGAUUCAUUUUGUGAUGUUACCGAACCUCCUGUAGGAAACUGCAAAACAGACUGGUUUGACCGUGAUAACCCAUCAGGAUUUGGAGAUUAUGAACUCCUCACCAAUCUGAGAUCUGAGAAUCCCGGUCAGAUCUGCAUGGAUCCAAUCGCCUGUGAGGUGGAGACAACAUUAGGGAUUCCGGCCUCACAGACUGGAGAGAACAUUGCCAGUUGCAACGCUUCUACUGGAUUCUUUUGUGUGAACAGCAACCAACGAGAUGGCGCAUGUCAAGAUUACAGAAUACGAUUCACCUGCCCGGAAUCUUUUUGCAACUGCAAAACUCAGUGGUUUGAUCGUGAUGAUCCAACAGGGCACGGCGAUUAUGAAGUUAUCAAAAAUCUGCGAAAUGAAAAUCCAGGUCUGAUCUGCCCCAAUCCAAUUGCCUGUGAAGUGGAGACGUUGUCAGGAAUUCCAGCCUCAAGCUCCGGAGAUAUUGUUUCCAACUGCAAUGUUAUUUCAGGAUUUGUUUGUGUGAAUGCAGAGCAAACAGAUGGACGAUGUGAAGAUUAUAGAAUCCGGUUUAUCUGCCCAGAAUCAUUCUGUAACUGCAAAACUCAGUGGUUUGAUCGUGAUGAUCCAACAGGAUACGGCGAUUAUGAAAACCUUGCAAAUCUCCGUAAAGAAAAUCCAGGUCUUAUCUGCCCCAAUCCAACUGCCUGUGAAGUGGAGACGCUGUCAGGAAUUCCAGCCUCAAGCUCCGGAAACAUUGUUUCCAACUGCAACGUUAUUUCAGGAUUUACUUGUGUCAAUGCAGAGCAAACAGAUGGACAAUGUGAAGAUUAUAGAAUACGAUUUACCUGUCCAGAUUCAUUCUGCAACUGCAAAACUCAGUGGUUUGACCGUGAUGAUCCAUCAGGACGCGGUGAUUAUGAAGAUCUUACAAAUCUCCGGAAUGAAAAUCCAGAUCUUAUCUGCCCCAAUCCAACUUCAUGUGAAGUGGAGACGCUGUCAGGAAUUCCAGCCUCAAGCUCCGGUGACAUUGUUUCCAAUUGCAACGUUUUUUCAGGAUUUGCUUGUGUCAAUGCAGAGCAAACAGAUGGACAAUGUGAAGAUUAUAGAAUACGAUUUACCUGUCCAGAAUCAUUCUGUAACUGCAGAACUCAAUGGUUUGAUCGUGAUGAUCCAUCAGGAAACGGUGAUUAUGAGGUUCUUACAAAUCUCCGAAAUGAAAAUCCAGGUCUGAUCUGCCCCAAUCCAACUGGAUGUGAAGUGGAGACACUGUCAGGAAUUCCAGCCUCAAGCUCUGGAGACAUUGUUUCCAGCUGCAGCAUUAUUUCAGGAUUUUUAUGUGUCAAUGCAGAGCAGAGUGAUGGACGCUGUGAAGAUUAUAGAAUACGAUUUAUCUGCCCAGAAUCAUUCUGUAAUUGCAGAACUGAGUGGUUUGACCGGGAUGACCCAUCAGGUUUUGGGGAUUAUGAAGACCUUACAAUUCUCCGAAAACAAUAUCCCAAUAAUAUCUGCAAUAAUCCGACUGCCUGUGAAGUGGAGACAGUAUCAGGAGUUCCAGCCUCAAGUACCGGGGAUAUUAUUUCUGAGUGCAGUAUAUUGUCUGGUUUUAUUUGUUUGAAUUCCGAGCAGAUGGAUGGGAAAUGUGAGGAUUACAGAAUACGAUUUAUCUGCCCUGAAUCGUUUUGUAAUUGCAAAACUGAAUGGUUUGACAGAGAUGAUGCAACAGGAAAAGGGGACUUUGAAACUCUUGCAAAUUUACAAAUGGAAUAUCCAGGUCGUAUUUGUAGUAAUCCGAGUGGCUGUGAAGUGGAAACAGUAUCUGGAAUACCAGCUUCAGACACAGGAGACAACAUUACCCAGUGCAACGCUGCCUUUGGAUUUACUUGUAACAAUGAAGAACAAAGUGAUGGGCUCUGUGAAGAUUAUAGAAUACGAUUUACCUGUCCUGAAUCUUUUUGUAAUUGUGUAACCCAAUGGUUUGAUCGUGAUGAUCCAUCAGGAAUUGGGGAUUUUGAAGAUCUUGAGAAUUUAAGAAAAGUCUUUCCCGAUCAGAUCUGCAGCAAUCCAACUGCCUGUGAAGUACAGACUAUAGCAGGAAUUCCAGCCUCAAGCUCUGGCAACAACAUACCACAAUGCAGCAUUUCUACUGGAUUUACUUGUAUCAACGUUGAGCAGAAAAAUGGGAAAUGUGAAGAUUACAGAAUAAGGUUUACCUGCCCAGAAUCGUUUUGCGACUGUAAAACCCCAUGGUUUGAUCGUGAUGACCCAUCAGGAAAAGGGGAUUAUGAGAACCUUCAAAGUCUCCAAAAAGAAAAUCCUAAUAAAAUCUGCAGUAAUCCAACUGCCUGUGAAGUACAGACAACAGAUGGAGAACCAGCCUCAAGCACUGGAGACAUUAUUCCUGUAUGUGACGUAUCCAAUGGGUUUGUUUGUGAGAAUGCAGAUCAGAAAAAUAAUAGUUGCCACGAUUACAGAAUACGAUUUACAUGUCCUCAAUCAUUUUGUGGCAAGAAAACUCCAUGGUUUGAUCGUGAUAACCCAACAGGACAAGGAGAUUUUGAAGAUCUUGCAAAUCUUCGGAAAGAAAAUCCCAAUCAAAUCUGCAGUAAACCAAUUGCCUGUGAAGUACAGACUGUGGGUGGAAAACCACCAUCAAGCACCAAUGACAACAUUCCUGAGUGCAGCAUUUUAACUGGAUUUGUUUGUCUGAAUAAGGAUCAAACCAAUGGAGCCUGUGAAGAUUACAAAAUACGAUUUACCUGCCCUUAAUCAUCUUUAACAACAAACUGCAAAUAGAAAAGGAAUUACAGGACCGGAAUUGGGACCUUAUCAUAUCCAGUUUUCCAAAUGACUGCCCAGUGUUAUGAAACUGCAAUUUAACAUUUGUGUAUUGGUAUAAACAAAGAAUUAUGUUAUGUUGCCUAAUUGCUAUUAGUGUAAUAUUUGGAAUGUAUCAUGGUUCCAGUAACUAAAUAUAUAAUAAAUGUUUUGCAAAAAUGGAAA